AUGAGGCCUACGGGCUCUUGGGGAAGGGUGAGUAUCGAGCGGCGGACGGGGCGCGAGGCCUAUGGGCUCCUGGGGCAGGGUGGACAUCGAGCGGCAGACGGGGCGCGAGGCCUACCGGUUCCUGGGGAAGGGUGGGCAUCGAGCGGCGGACGGGCGCGAGGCCUACCGGUUCCUGGGGAAGGGUGGGCAUCGAGCGGCGGACGGGCGCGAGGCCUACCGGUUCCUGGGGCGGGGUGGGCAUCGAGCGGCGGACGGGCGCGAGGCCUACCGGUUCCUGGGGAAGGGUGGGCAUCGAGCGGCGGACGGGCGCGAGGCCUACCGGCUCCUGGGGCGGGGUGGGCAUCGAGCGGCGGACGGAGCGCGAGGCCUACCGGUUCCUGGGGAAGGGUGGGCAUCGAGCGGCGGACGGGCGCGAGGCCUACCGGCUCCUGGGGCGGGGUGGGCAUCGAGCGGCGGACGGGGCGCGAGGCCUACGGGCUCCUGGGUCGGGGUGGGCAUCGAGCGGCGGACGGGCGCGAGGCCUACCGGUUCCUGGGGAAGGGUGGGCAUCGAGCGGCGGACGGGCGCGAGGCCUACCGGUUCCUGGGGCGGGGUGGACAUCGAGCGGCGGACGGGCGCGAGGCCUACCGGCUCCUGGGGCGGGGUGGGCAUCGAGCGGCGGACGGGGCGCGAGGCCUACCGGUUCCUGGGGCGGGGUGGGCAUCGAGCGGCGGACGGGGCGCGAGGCCUACCGGUUCCUGGGGAAGGGUGGGCAUCGAGCGGCGGACGGGCGCGAGGCCUACCGGUUCCUGGGGAAGGGUGGGCAUCGAGCGGCGGACGGGCGCGAGGCCUACCGGCUCCUGGGGAAGGGUGGGCAUCGAGCGGCGGACGGAGCGCGAGGCCUACCGGUUCCUGGGGAAGGGUGGGCAUCGAGCGGCGGACGGAGCGCGAGGCCUACCGGUUCCUGGGGAAGGGUGGGCAUCGAGCGGCGGACGGAGCGCGAGGCCUACCGGUUCCUGGGGAAGGGUGGGCAUCGAGCGGCGGACGGGCGCGAGGCCUACCGGUUCCUGGGGAAGGGUGGGCAUCGAGCGGCGGACGGGCGCGAGGCCUACCGGCUCCUGGGGCGGGGUGGGCAUCGAGCGGCGGACGGAGCGCGAGGCCUACCGGUUCCUGGGGAAGGGUGGGCAUCGAGCGGCGGACGGGCGCGAGGCCUACCGGCUCCUGGGGCGGGGUGGGCAUCGAGCGGCGGACGGAGCGCGAGGCCUACCGGUUCCUGGGGAAGGGUGGGCAUCGAGCGGCGGACGGGCGCGAGGCCUACCGGCUCCUGGGGCGGGGUGGGCAUCGAGCGGCGGACGGGGCGCGAGGCCUACGGGCUCCUGGGUCGGGGUGGGCAUCGAGCGGCGGACGGGGCGCGAGGCCUACCGGUUCCUGGGGAAGGGUGGGCAUCGAGCGGCGGACGGGGCGCGAGGCCUACCGGUUCCUGGGGCGGGGUGGGCAUCGAGCGGCGGACGGGGCGCGAGGCCUACCGGCUCCUGGGGAAGGGUGGGCAUCGAGCGGCGGACGGGCGCGAGGCCUACCGGCUCCUGGGGCGGGGUGGGCAUCGAGCGGCGGACGGGGCGCGAGGCCUACCGGUUCCUGGGGAAGGGUGGGCAUCGAGCGGCGGACGGGCGCGAGGCCUACCGGUUCCUGGGGCGGGGUGGACAUCGAGCGGCGGACGGGCGCGAGGCCUACCGGCUCCUGGGGCGGGGUGGGCAUCGAGCGGCGGACGGGGCGCGAGGCCUACCGGUUCCUGGGGCGGGGUGGGCAUCGAGCGGCGGACGGGGCGCGAGGCCUACCGGUUCCUGGGGAAGGGUGGGCAUCGAGCGGCGGACGGGCGCGAGGCCUACCGGCUCCUGGGGCGGGGUGGGCAUCGAGCGGCAGACGGGGCGCGAGGCCUACGGGCUCCUGGGUCGGGGUGGACAUCGAGCGGCGGACGGAGCGCGAGGCCUACCGGUUCCUGGGGAAGGGUGGGCAUCGAGCGGCGGACGGGGCGCGAGGCCUACCGGCUCCUGGGGCGGGGUGGGCAUCGAGCGGCGGACGGGGCGCGAGGCCUAUGGGCUCCUGGGUCGGGGUGGACAUCGAGCGGCGGACGGGGCGCGAGGCCUACCGGUUCCUGGGGAAGGGUGGGCAUCGAGCGGCGGACGGGGCGCGAGGCCUACCGGUUCCUGGGGAAGGGUGGGCAUCGAGCGGCGGACGGGCGCGAGGCCUACCGGCUCCUGGGGCGGGGUGGGCAUCGAGCGGCUGACGGGGCGCGAGGCCUACAGGCUCCAGGGGCGGGGUGGGCGUCGAGCGGCUGACGGGGCGCGAGGCCUACGGGCUCCAGGGGCGGGGUGGGCAUCGAGCGGCUGA